CCAUUUUGUCCGUCCAUAACAGGAAACUGCUGCUGGCCAGUGGGAACCUGUUGCUUGGCAGUUCCGCGUUCAUGUGCGAUGGACGGGGGCAUCCAGCAUGACUGAACAACAGGAUCCAAGGACGGACUCUCCACCAUCUCGGAACAGAUGAGAGCUUUUUCCUGUAAUUAGCAUCCAGGUCCGCUAGCUUCAGCUGGCGAGAAAGUCAAAACAAGGGGACCUGAGCAUCUUUUCUCCAGUGGCCCGUGUAUCAUGACGACCCCAGCCAAUGGCAACGACAACGACAAGUUGAAAGGUGACCUGAGAGGUCUCAGCACGCCGUCCAGAGUCGUCCACAUCCGCAAACUUCCCGACGACGUCAGCGAACCUGAAGUCAUCGGCCUGGGCCUUCCCUUUGGAGACAUCACCAACCUGCUGCUGCUCAAAUCCAAGAACCAGGCUUUUUUAGAGAUGAACUCAGUGGAAGCAGCUGAUAAUAUGGUGACCUACUACUCGUCAAUGCUGCCUUUCAUCAGGAACCAUCCCGUCUACGUCCAGUUCUCCAACCACAAGGAACUGAAGACGGACCACUCCCCGAACCAGGAGAGGGCUCAGGCGGCUCUUCGAGCCUUCAGCACAUCCAUUGUGGACCUGUCUGCAGUGCAACCUAGUGCCGUGCUGCGUGUGGUGGUGGAGAACCUGCUGUAUCCUGUCAGUCUUGACGCCCUAUGUCAGAUCUUCUCCAAGUUUGGCACCGUGCUCAGGAUUAUCAUCUUUACCAAGAAUGGCCAGUUUCAGGCUCUCCUGCAGUACCCUGACGCAUCCAACGCGUACAACGCUAAAGUAUCCCUGGACGGUCAGAACAUCUACAACGGCUGCUGCACUCUGAAGAUCAGCUUCUCCAGGCUGAGCAGCCUCAACGUCAAAUUCAACAACGAGAAGAGCCGCGACUUCACCCGGCCGGACCUCCCCAGCGGAGACAACCAGGCCAUCAUGGAGCACAACCCCAUGGCGGCCGCCGCGUUCGCUCCAGCAGGUAUCAUCCCAGCCUCGCCCUACUCGGCGUCGCCCCACAACUACCCCCACGCCUUCACUCUCCAGCCUGCCGGGAUGACAGUCCCCUCCAUGCCUGGAACACUGACGUCCCUGUCCCUCCCGGGGACCACCAGGCUUGCAUUCCCCCCGAACCCUGCUGGACACUGUGUCCUGCUGGUCAGCAACCUCAACGCCGACAUGGUCACGCCCCACUGCCUGUUUAUCCUCUUCGGUGUAUACGGCGACGUGAUGAGAGUGAAGAUCCUGUUCAACAAGAAGGACAACGCUCUGGUUCAGAUGGCCGACGGCACACAGGCCCAGCUAGCCAUGUAUCACCUAAACGGCCAGCGGCUGCACGGGAAGCCCCUGCGCGUCAUGCCGUCCAAGCACGCCAGCGUUGCGCUGCCGCUUGAAGGCCACGAGGACCAGGGCCUGACCAAAGACUUCAGCUCCUCGCCUCUGCACCGCUUCAAGAAGCCCGGCUCCAAAAACUACGCCAACAUCUUCCCGCCCUCCGCCACGCUCCACCUCUCCAACAUCCCGCCCUCCGUGCUCGAAGACGACCUCAAGGUGCUUUUCUCCAGCUGCGGGGCCAAGGUCAACGCCUUCAAGUUCUUUCAGAAGGACCACAAGAUGGCGCUGAUCCAGAUGGCCUCAGUGGACCAGGCCAUCGAGUCCCUCAUCCAGUUCCACAACCACGACCUGGGAGACCACCACCACCUGAGAGUGUCCUUCUCCAAGUCGGCCAUCUGACCACUUUGCCUAUGACCUUUUGACCCCUUGUUGAUGAUACCCGCGGCCUUAAGCUCCUCCUCCAUCCUGCUUUAGUCUGCUGGACUCCUUUUGGCCACGCCCUGUUUGGGACGGCCCUUUCUGGCCUUUUUUGGCCUGUGUUCAGGUGACGGUGGUGCCUUACUAUUAUCACUAUUAUUAUUACUACUACUACUACUAUUACUAUUAUUAUUAUUAUUGUUAUCAUUAAUGUUGUUCUUGCUGUCGAUCUGUCAGUUGGUUUACACUUCCCCCUCUUCUCGGCUUUUCAUCGAUUUCGCAAUCACGGCGGCACAUUUGGGUAAUCUUUUCAUCUAUUGCGCAAUCACAACGGCACAUUUGAGCAAUAUUUGACGACACGCUUCCUGCUCUCGGUUGCUUCGUACAAUCACCUUUUGUCGUCCUGAACCAAAAAAAGAAAGAAAAAAUCCGCCGUGCAACACUACAUUCCAGUCUAAGUCGUGAAAGCCGGAAAUCUGCGUUACGCUGAAUGCGAGCAGUAAUGGAAGGAGGCGGUUUUUAAAAAAAACGUGUUUUUAAAAGGUUUCUGGCCCGAUUCUCAUCGUUGUGCAAUCAUCUAGCAUCGUAGCAUUUGUAUGGCUAAUAUCGUUAGCAUGUUGACAGUGUGGGCUAACCACACAGAUUUAUUAACUCUGCUCCUAACGUGCAUACUGUUUUCUUUAGUAGUCGUGUGCGAUGCUAAUGCUAAAUGUUUGCUAGCAUAGCUAACAUGAGUUAUUUACUAGAAUGUGAGCUAACCUGUUUUUAAAUAUUUACCAGUCAGGCAAAACAUGUUUGCUAGUGCUGUAUGCUUAUUAGCAUGCUGGCUAAUGUUUCUGAUACUGUAUGCUUAUUAGAAUGCUGGCUAAUACUGUAUGCUUAUUAGCAUGCUGGCUAAUGUGGCGAGUACUGUUGUUUUUUUUUAAUGCUUUAAGUAUAUAUUUUUUUUAGCAGGCAUCAUGAUGCUUCUCGAUGUUUGCCACAUGAUGAGUGUCUUAUCAGCGCCUCAUGAGGAACCUUUUGAUUGAUACCAAAUGACUUCAUUCAGGAGAGUAAAAUUGAUUGUAGACUCGUUUGCGUGCCAGUCACAUGUGGCCGCGACUUCCCAACAUUCCUUAAUGUUGCACUGAUUAAUCUGUUGUCAAAAGUCAUUUUCCCAGCUGACUUGAACGCAUCACAAGAGAAGCAGGACUGGGCUGGUUGUGGGAUGGGAGUUUAUUAAGUGUACAUAGGUGUUUUAUACCACAGGUUGGUGUUUUUUUAUUAGUUUUAUUUUAUUUGAUCCGAGUGUGUCACUCGUCAACCAACACCCAACAUUAAAUGAAAUGAGUUUUUAUUUAAAA